AUGCCCGCCUCCGCGGAGAGUGUUACUUCCUCUACGCAGUCGACGCAGCCUCGCGAUCCGAUGUCGCUGGUCCUCCAAUAUGCCUGUUCAAGCUCGCAUCCAGUAUCUGCAGCCACCAAAGUCUGGCUUGGAGGCGAUGCGACAUCCGAUGGAUCGGACCUUCAGACAGGACCUUGCACUACAAGCGACAGAGAGUCCGAGGACCAGGAAGGCACAUAUUAUCAUCACAAUGGUUGGAAAUACUAUAAGGUCCCGAUCGAAGACUAUGACAGAGCCGGCAUUUCGAGUAGAAUCGGUAGGGUAGUCUCAAAGCCAGAGCACUCGGUUUACCGCGUGUUGUUGCAAUCCUGUGACGCGUCGGUCAAAGACGCAUGUCAAGCGCUGGUCACCACUGCUGGAGCGGGACGUUGGGACGAACUACGACGAAGAUGCCAGCACUACCAAGCCACGCUGGCGGGAAAUCGAGACGUCAGGAACGACUUGAAGAAGACAAUCGAGGUUACUCUGCUUAGAUCCAUUCCCAAAGCUAAUAUUACGACCCCUGUAACAGUGCAGGUGUGCACGACCGCUCGCUUGCAUCUCGAGCGAACGAUAGUCGAUUCGAAUGGGCCGACAGAGAACGACAAGCGGGCGUUGUUGAGUUACGUCAAUGCUGCGCUUAUCGGAGCGUUGUGCGGCUAUCCAUCCCACACAGACAAGUACCAGGUUACUGAGGACCAAGCCGAGCUGCUCUUUCGUGUGGCUGAGGUCAACGUCAAGACCUGUAACUUGAUUUCGGUCGUGUGA